GGGAGGCGUGGCCAAACUCACAAACAUGGCGCCUCGUUUUGUAAUGUUGCAACCUUGACUCAUCUCUUUCAUCGCUGCAAAAGAGCCCACAAUAACAAGAUGCAGGCUGCUUUGGACAUCACGGCAAAGUACUGCCAUAAAGAAAUGGAAGCGUACGGUUCGUGUGUGGCCUCCAACCCGUCCACAUGGCAGGACACGUGCCACGACCUGAAAGUAAAGGUCGCACAGUGCACAUCAUCGCACCCGGUGAUCCAGAAGAUCAGACAGGACUGUUCCAAAGAAUUUACGGCGUUUGAAAAGUGUCUCGGGGAGAACCAGACCGAGGCUGCCUCCUGCUCGGCCCACGUGGCCCGCUUUCUAGGCUGCGCGGAGACGGUGGACCUCAGUGGAGUGGAUAACGUUCCAGUAUCGGUGCCAUCGUAGCGAUCGACCAUCUUUACCUGCAAAAACAACUUCAUGUAAUGUGAUUAUUUCCCUGACAUACUUGUGUAGAUGUUGUAAUAAAUGACACACUUGGUGA